AUGUCCCCUUGGAGCCGUGCAGUGCUUGGACUUACUUGGAGCUGCUUGACUUUUCUAUCCUGUGCUCAUUGCGCCUUCAGUGACAACCAUGUGCACUCCAGUUUUAUCUACAGGAAGUUGCGCAAUCACGAGCGACGGGAGAUCCAGAGGGAGAUCCUCUCCAUCCUUGGCUUGCCUCACCGCCCAAGGCCCUUCUCUCCUGGGAAACAGGCGUCCUCCGCUCCGCUUUUCAUGCUCGACCUUUACAACGCCAUGGCUGUGGAGGAAGAGGCGAUGCCGCAAGGUGCAGGGAAGAGCCACAUUGCCAAGGUUCAAGGGCACUCCAGGAAAGGUUACUACAGUCCUCAUCAUGUGGGAUACUCUCGUGUGGCCCAGUCCUACCGAGCGGCUCCUCUAUUGGGUCAAAGCCCAGCUCUGACGCCGGCACAUGACAACAACUUUCUCAAUGAUGCAGACAUGGUGAUGAGUUUUGUCAAUAUAGUGGAGAAAGAUAAAGAUUUCUCUCACCAACGAAGACACUACAAGGAGUUCCGUUUUGAUUUGACUCAAAUCCCGGAUGGAGAGGCGGUCACGGCUGCUGAGUUUCGCAUCUAUAAGGAUCAUAGCCAUGGCCGCUUUGAUAACCUCACUCUGAGGGUUACUAUUCAUCAAGUCACAAAGGAGUUUCCAAACAGAGAUGCAGAGACCUUCUUGCUGGACUCCAAAAGAGUUCAAGCAUCUGAUGGUGGAUGGCUGGUAUUUGACAUAACGGCCACCAGUAACCAUUGGGUGAUGAACCCGCAGCAGAAUCUGGGCCUUCAACUAUGUGUGGAGACUUUAGAUGGACGCAGUAUCAACAUGAAGUCAGCUGGCAUUGUGGGCCGCAAUGGACCUCAGUCCCAACAGCCCUUCCUUGUAGCUUUUUUCAAGGCCAGUGGGGUGUUACUUCGCUCUGUCAGAGCCGCUGGCGGGAAAAAGAAGAAUCACAACCGCAAUAAAUCCACUCACCAACAGGAAACGUCUAGACCAACAAAAACUGGAGAAUAUAACACGAGUGAACAAAAGCAAGCCUGCAAGAAGCAUGAGCUUUAUGUCAGCUUUCGUGAUUUGGGUUGGCAGGACUGGAUAAUAGCACCUGAAGGCUAUGCUGCUUUUUACUGUGACGGUGAAUGCUCAUUUCCACUUAACGCGCACAUGAAUGCAACCAAUCACGCGAUUGUCCAAACGCUGGUCCAUUUAAUGUUUCCUGACAAUGUGCCAAAACCUUGUUGCGCCCCGACCAAACUCAAUGCUAUUUCAGUGCUUUACUUUGACGACAGCUCAAACGUCAUUCUCAAGAAGUAUAGAAAUAUGGUGGUGAGAUCUUGUGGCUGCCAUUAG